AUGCUGUUCGAAUGCACGGCUCUCACCCACCCCCCUCCCGCCUUCUCCAACCUCUCCUCCCUCAAAACCCGAACGAUCCAUGAUGCACCCAGCCUACGAGGCGCGCUACCAGGCGGGUUCUCCCACUUGGCAAGCCUCAAGGAGCUCACUCUCUUCGAUCUGCCACAUCUGCCCGCCCUGCCCGCCUCCUACCCUGCCAUCGGCCGUUCUCUCACCAGCCUCAAACUGGUCGUUUGCUCGCAGAUCACGGCGCUGCCAGAGGAGAUCGGAUGGCUGGAAGCGCUUGAAACGCUCUCGCUCUGCGAUCUGCCCAACCUGAAGUCGCUCCCUCGCUCGCUGUGCCAACUGCAGCGGGUGAAAGAUCUGCGAGUGAAUGACUGCGGCGCGCUGCAGUCGCUGUUUGGGGAUGAGGAGCUGGGGGAUGCACACACGGGAGCUGCCGGGCAUGACCUUGCAGGAAGAAUCAGCCUCCUCCAGUUAGCCAGCUACACGGGCAGCAGCAGUGCCGCUGGCAGCUAUGGGGGAUCCGAGGAGAGUGACACGACUCCGCAGCCUGCCCGAAUCGUUUUCGCAGCUGCCAGCACUGGAGACGUUACACCUGAUGGACUGCACGCUGCUGGCCCAGUUACCCUCGGGCCUCCGGCAGAUGGGGAAGCUGCAGGGAAAAGACGGAGGGUGGUGAUCAAUGGUACAACGAACCUGGAUGAGCGAGAGGAAGAAGAGGAAGGGGAAGUGCGGAUGGGGGGAGCGAAAGUGGGGAGAAUGAAGGAGAGGAAGGAGAAGGGGGUGAAUGGGAUUAUGGAGAGGAGAGUGAAGGGGAUGGGAGGGAGGGGACUGGAAAACGGGGGAGGAGGUGGAUCUCUCCACUGCUCUCCCUUCCCCCAAUUUUCCCUCCUUGCUGUCUUCCACUCUUCCCUCUCCCGUGACGACACGUCAGCAGCCAACUUCACCGGCUCCGCUGCUGGCGCGCCAGGUGGUGCUGAUCUGGCGUCUCUCGACGCCACGCUGUCAGAUACCCUCUAUGAGCUGGCAUGUGGCAUGUGCCAUGUGGCAUGCGUCGUGGCUCUCGUGUUAGUGUGUGGGCGUCACCCGCUCGCACCCCCAUCCAUCCAACUCGUGUGUGCUGCCACCACGUGCGGCCACUCCCACUCGCACCAGUUUCUCUCCCAAUAUCAAUUGGCAGCAACGUGCAGAAGUCAAGCCAGAUGUGCCUUUAGAGGGGGCAAGAUAGACGGUGGUGAUGUAUGGUGCAGCGAACCUGGACAAGGGAGAAUGUGCAGUGGGUGUUUGGAGGAAGAAGAUGAAGAGGAAGUGCGGAUGGGGGAGGGGGAUGAAUGGAGCGAAGAGAAGGAAGGAGAGUGGAGGGAUGGCAAGGGUCACUCAAGAUUCACAAAGUGGAGGAAGGAGAGGAGCAAAAUCGAGGGGAGUGAAGGGUAG